AUGUCUGAAGCUCUCAACACUGCCCAACCCUGGUCACUAGCCGGAAAGACCGCCAUCGUCACCGCUGGAUCCAGAGGUAUUGGCAGAGGUAUCGCUGUUCAUCUUGCUCGCAAGGGCGUGGAAAACAUCGCUAUCACCUAUGCAGCCAACAAAGAUGCUGCUGAUGAAACCAUCCAGCAAUGCCGAGCCCUAGGUGUCAACAAGGCAAUCGCUAUCAAGGCUGAUGCCACCGACCCCGAGGCCUGGCCUAACGUCGUCAAGGAGGUAGUCGCCAGCUUGGGCGUUACCACCCUCGAUAUCCUCGUCAACAACGCCAUUGUUGGCUCCAUAGACGCUUACAAGCCGAUGCCGGAGCUCAGAGCCGACAACUUCUCUACGGUUAUGGUAGCCAAUACCUACGUUCCGGUCGCAACCACGCUGGCCUUCAUGGAGUACGCGCCCAAGUACGGCGGCCGUGUCAUCAACAUCUCCAGCAUAGCUAGCAAGGUGGCCAACGCAGACCCCCUGAUCACCUAUGGCGCCAGCAAGGCCGCCCUGGACAGUUUCAUGAGGUCCUUCGCCGAUUCUUUCUCAUCGGACAGGGGUAUCACGUUCAACAGCGUGAUGGUCGGGCCUACUGCCACGGACAGCUUGAACACAGUCAUAGCCCUGUCACCUGAGGGCCUUGAGCAGCAGAUGAAGUCUCUAACAUCUGCCGCCCCGAGACUUGGUCUUUCUGAAGACAUCGGUUAUAUCGUCGGGUUUCUUGCGAGCGAGGAGGGUAGAUGGGUUAAUGGGGCGGCCGUCAGUGCCAACGGCGGCUACAAGCCAGUUCUUGCAGCGCUUGGUUGA